AUUCUAUAAGGGGGGUGCCCCGGUCCUCCAGUUAGCUGCGCAAGUGUUUUUGGGGUGGGGUUUCGAUUUCGUAUGUAGGAAAUCCGUUGCAUGCGCAUCACUAUCAUGCACAGCGAAUCAAAGUUGUUAUAUACCGCUGGAUCUUCGAAUCGCGUCACUCUCUUCGCGCUGCUCAUCAACCGAAGAAGAUUUCGGAAAGUGUACAAUAUUUUUUGGAUGAGUGGUUCCAGAUCUAAACAUCGGAGAGGAAACCAAACAUAUCAGUAGGAUAUGAAGAUCCUCCUGCUACUUUCCUUCCUGGCGGCUUACGUACCCACUGGAUAUGCUAUUACCUGUACGAAAUGCACCGAAUCAACUUCUGACGACCCAUGGUUCCCAUUGCGCGUGGACUUCAAUGAAAUGACGUGUUCCAGGAACCCUGGUGAGAUGGUGUGUGAUGAAGCCGUCACUAGCUGUUGGACGACGAUUAUUACGAUGCACUUUAGACGUGGCGCUGGUCCACUUGCGCUGACGGAGAUGGAUCGCGACUGCGGACCUCCUCUCGAUAUCGACUUACCAUCUGGAGGCGCCUGUUCGGGAGAAGGCCUCGCAGAAGCUAUCGCAAGUCGAAUGGACCCGAGUGAGAUGUUUCCAGAAGCACUUGGGCUGACCUACGAGAACCUUGAUGCCAGUGUCUGCUUCUGUGACAGCUCCGACAGAUGUACCCCGCCCUCUGCGGCAACCGAUGAACAAUCCAUAACUGCCAUACGUUUGGUUGAUGGAGGCAGCGAUUUGGAGGGAAGGGUAGAGAUUGAACUCGAUGGCGAAUGGGGAACUAUCUGCGAUGACUCAUGGGAUUUGGACGAUGCAACGGUAGUCUGCAGAAUGCUUGGAUUCGAUGGGGCGUCCGGCGCUCCUGGUUCAGCCCAAUUUGGGGAGGGUUCGGGUCCUAUCCUUUUGGAUGAUGUCCUGUGCACAGGGGACGAAGCCACUCUGACUGUUUGUCCGCACCCACCUUUUAAACAGCACAACUGUGGCCACACUGAGGAUGCAGGAGUCAUUUGUUUUACCACAGGUACAACAAGAGAGACGCCGACGCCCGCAGGAUUUUUGGUUGAUGUUCGCUUGGUUGGCGGCAAUGUCCCAUCAAGAGGUAGGGUAGAGGUGUCCAAUAGCUACGGACAGUGGGGCACCAUCUGCGAUCCGAACUGGACGCAGGCAGAUGCCAAUGUCGUCUGCGGGAUUUUGGGCUACGACGGAGCAUUGUCCUAUUCGAACAAUGCUGAGUACGUGCAGAGCAGCGGACGCAUUAUGCUGGAACAUGUAUUGUGCAGCGGGUGGGAAAGCAAAAUUGCAAGCUGCGAGACCCAGGACUACUCAGGAUGGGGCUGCGAUCAUCCACAAGAGGUUGGAGUUGAAUGCAAUGUCCCAGAACCCUCGGAAUUCCAAAUCCGUCUGGUUGGUGGCAGCCACCCGUGGGAAGGUCGAGUAGAGGUGCUCAACCAGCAUGAGUGGGGGACCAUCUGCUCUGUGUACUGGGGUAAGCCCGAUGGAGAUGUGGCUUGCAGAAUGCUCGGCUUCAGCAGCGCGUAUGAGGCUAUAUCACCAACAGACGCUGCCUAUCCGAUGCCUUUCGGUGAAGGCACUGGGUCGAUCCUGCUAAGUGACUUACUUUGUACGGGAACCGAGGAAAAUCUGGCUGAUUGUUCGCAUUCGAGAUGGGGUAUACAACACUGCUCUCACUACGAGGAUGCUGGAUUAGUAUGCAACAGCCCAGAUCCGGACAGUGUUGUCGUUCGACUCGUGAACGGCAGAAGCAAAGCUGAGGGGAGAGUAGAGGUGUUGUAUGAAGGAGAAUUCGGGACCGUCUGUGACGAUUCAUGGGAUGUCAAUGAUGCUGCUGUUGUCUGCAGAAUGUUGGGGUAUGAGGGCGCUUCAGAGGCUCCAGGACUGGCUCGCUUCGGGCAAGGUUCUGGGGACAUUGUCCUGGAUGACGUGGUCUGUCAGGGAUCAGAGGACAACAUCGCGAGCUGUGCACAUAGAGCAUGGGGAGAAAACAACUGCGGCCACGUCGAGGAUGCAUCGGCCAUUUGCACCGGGGAAUUGAACUUGCCAGUUCGCUUGAUGAAUGGGAAUAACGCCAACGACGGUCGAGUCGAAAUCUUCCGCUACGGGGCCUGGGGUUCAGUCUGCGACGACUUCUGGGACAUUAAUGAUGGUCACGUUGUCUGUCGUAUGCUGGGCUACGAGCGUGCUUCACGCAUCUGGUGGGGCGCAACCUACGGCACGGGAACUGGUCGCAUCUUGUUGGAUAAUGUGGAAUGCAACGGGAAUGAAGCGACUUUGGACGACUGCGAUCAUCCGCCAUGGGGUGUACACGACUGCAACCACUACGAGGAUGCCGGCGUGGUGUGCGUUUAGUGAACGACAGGUGCGAGCCGAUCAAGUGUUAACC